GAAGACACCGCUUACUUCCGUGUCAGUGUUACUUCCCCCGGUUGCUUGCUAUCUAGUAGCGUCUGCCUCUCACUGUAGUCUGUUAUCCUGCAUCUACUGCUACCAUAUUAUCAGUCCAAAUGGAUUAUACUGCAACUCAAAGUGGGUUCAGACAGCGUAAGUUACAGCCUAAUAUGCGUGUGAGAAAUAGCCCAGUGGAUGGUACGGAUGGCAGCCAGUUGUUUGAGGACACAAGUGGAGUUGCAUCGGGACCACCGGCAGGAUACAGUAACCAGCAGGCUGGGCUUCAAGCAGCAGGAUUUUCCGGCCAGUCCCUCCUGUCAGACCCAAUGUCUAACCUGGCGAUGGCCUAUGGCAGCUCACUGGCCUCCCAGGGAAGGGAAAUGGUGGACAAGAAUCUGGACAGGUUCAUUCCAAUUUCUAAGCUGAAAUAUUACUUUGCCGUGGAUACUGUGUACGUGGGGAAGAAGCUGGGCCUUCUUGUUUUCCCUUACAUGCACGAGAACUGGGAGGUGAGCUACCAGCAGGACACUCCUGUGGCGCCACGCUUCGAUGUGAACGCUCCUGAUCUCUACAUUCCCGCCAUGGGCUUCAUCACAUACAUCCUGGUGGCUGGACUGGCCCUCGGCACACAGAACAAGUUUUCCCCGGAGCUGCUGGGAGUUCAGGCCAGCUCAGCGUUGGUGUGGCUGAUCAUGGAAGUCCUGGCAGUCCUGCUGUCGCUCUACCUAGUGACCGUUAACACUGACCUCACGACCAUUGACCUGCUGGCCUUUUCUGGCUAUAAAUACGUUGGGAUGAUCGUAGGUGUAGUGUCAGGCCUGUUGUUCGGUAGGCCAGCAUACUAUCUCUCUCUACUGUGGUGUUGUGCUGCCAUCUUUGUCUUUAUGAUCCGAACCCUACGUCUGAAGCUUUUGUCGGAGGCGGCGGCGGAGGGGAGGCAGGUGAGAGGAGCCAGAAACCAGCUGAGGAUGUAUCUCACCAUGUCUAUAGCAGGAGCUCAACCUAUCUUCAUGUUCUGGCUCACCUACCACCUGAUCAGAUAAAACCCACACACUCAUUUGUAAUAGAUGGACUUUGCUUUCUGAACGCCAUAUCACCGCCCGUAGAAACACUCAAGAAAACACACACAUCAGAGGAGCUGGACUUGGAUGUAACACACAACGGCCCACAUUUUUUGGAUGAUAAAGACCCACUCCAUGUAUGCAUGGAGCUGAACAACACAUGCUAAAAGACGAUUAAGAGAGGGGAGGCGUUACUGUCUCUCCUCUCACAGCACAGUCCCGUUUCAUUAGAAUAUCGUUGCCUUUUUUUUGUCCUUUUCUAUGUAAUGUCUUCAAAAUUGUGUAGCUAAAGUAAGUGGCUUUUUGUUUGGUUUUUCUAUGUAAUUAUUUGUUGAUUCUGUUUAUUUAAGGUUGUAUGUAUGUGAAUAGCAAAAGUAUUAUUGCAGCCGAUGCUGCUCUGGACUGAUAUCUCAUGUGAUUUUUCUGAGCCAACUCUAAAGAAAGCACACUAGCCUGACACGAACCGUCCAUGUAACGACAAGAAAGUAGUAAGAAACAGGUUUGAAAGGUGAUUAAAAUAUCCUUUUCACUGCACCUAAUGUCUAUGUUGUGGCAGAGACCUCCUCAUCAGGAACCUAGGGUUAUCUAACUGGUGUAACGGGGUGUAGAAGCACCUCUGUUUUAUGUCUUUAAUCUUUUUGUAUGUGCUUUGAUACAUGUCUGAGCUUUGCUGCCUGACAACUGUUGAAUAGAAUUGUCAACUCUGUAAGCUACGACUUUAAAGGUGCAUACCUUGCAAUGUAAUGUUGAAUUGACUUUGAUAUCCUUUUUAAAAACCAAGUAAAUUAUUUACUGCUUUUCAUAUUGAAAGUCGGGCGUUAUAAAGAAAAGGGAAGCACGGGGAUGGUCUGUUCUGUGAAAAUGUGUUGUCUCUUUGAGAUACUUGAAAUACUUUCAUGUGCUUUAAUGUAAAUCAUCUUAUAUCACCGCGUCACUAAGUGUCAGCUUUUUUAUGUUGCCACUGUUUACUCAAACCAAGGUAGCAUUUGCAAACAUUUAAAUUCAUUCAGGAAACUAUUAGAGAUUCAGGAUCUUUGCAACUCGGAUGACAUUUCUGAUAAUUGAUGAUGAAACGGUUUUGUCAAUAGACUGAGGUGCCAAUAAAACUUUUUUCAAAAUGUU